AUGGCACAAGAACCGUUUCUGUUGAGGUGGGGGAUAAUGGCCACCGGAGCCAUGUCCGAGUACUUCUGCAAAGACCUCCUGACCAACCCAGCUACUCGCCAAGUGACUGACAUUAAGCAUGCCAUCACCGCAGUCUCAUCUUCGAAAGACCCUCAAAAGGCGACCGAAUUCCUCGCUCGCAUCGAUCACCACUCACCUACUGAGGUCUCCACAUAUGGAUCAUAUGCAGCACUUGUUAAAGACCAGAAUGUUGACAUUGUUUACAUCGCCACCCCGCAUAGCCACCAUUUCCAAAACGCAAUGCUAGCGCUCCACGCAGGAAAGAGCAUUCUUUGUGAAAAGGCUCUCACUGUCACUGCUGCGCAAGCGCGGCGACUGUACGAAGUUGCAAGAGAGAAGAAGCUCUUCUUCUUGGAAGGUGUCUGGACCAGGUUCUUCCCGCUCAGCGUCAAAAUACGCCAGCUUGUCAGCAGCGGAGCUAUCGGCCAGAUUCAUCGUGUUACUGCAGACUUGUCUCGAGCGAACAGCAGCAGAGAUUUCGGAAGCAAAAGACUUAAUUACGAAGACUCCCAUCGCAUGGUCAACCCUGACUUGGCCGGAGGUGUCCUACUCGGACUUGGAAUCUAUCCACUAACCUGGGUUUUCCAAAUUCUCUACCAUCUCCAACCUGAGAAUGAAAAAGAGGAGCCACAGAUCCUGUCAGCCGUUCAGAAAUAUUCUACGGGAGUCGAUGAGUCGGCCACGAUCAUCCUCAACUUCCCAAAGCACGGAACAGUGGGUAUAGCCACAUCAUCGCUUCGGGUUGCAACAGAUCCUGGCAUUUCCGGCACCCAAGCGAUCCGAAUCCAAGGCUCACAUGGCGAAAUCCAAGUGGAAAAUCCGGCGUACAAGCCUCAAUCUUUCAAGAUAAUUACCAUGUCGGAGACGGGAGCUGUUGAGAAGGUUUUUGAAUACCCUCAUCCGCAAGAUAGCGAAAGGAGUUGGGGAAAUGGCACAUUUUGGGAAGCAGACGAAGCUGCACGUUGCAUAAGGGACGGCAAAUUGGAAAGCGAUACUAUGCCGUGGUCUGAGAGCAUACUCGUCAUGGAAACUAUGGACAAGGUAUUGAAAGACGCCGGAAUAUUCUAUCCUGAGUUGAUCGCUACAGACGAGUUUGACCCUCUUAGUCCGCUCAAUACCGGUGGAUGA